AUGAGCAGCCCCCGCAGCCGCCCUAGGUCGUCGGCGGCGGCGCCGCUGGACGACGAAGACCUCCUCUCCGAGAUCCUCCUCCGCCUCCCCCCGCUGCCCUCAUCCCUCCCCCGCGCGUCCCUCGCCUGUAAGCUCUGGCGACGCAUCGUAUCCGACCCCCGAUUUCUCCGCCGCUUCCGCGAGCACCACCGCCGCAACCCUCCCCUCCUCGGCUGCUUCGUCCAAACUCUCUACACCGUCCAUUUCGAACCUACGCUGGAGGCCCCCAAUCGCGUCCCGCAAACCCGCUUCCCCUUUCCCAUCGACACCGGCGGCACCGUCAUGAUCCUCGGAUGCCGCCAUGGCCUCAUGCUCAUCUUCCUUUGGACGCGGAACCAGCUCCUGGUAUGGGACCCCCUCACGGGUGACCAGCACCGCCUAGACAUUCCCCCAGGGUUCGACAAGGAGGAAACCGUGAUUAACGGAGCGGUGCUUCGUGCUCCCGAAGAAGCCAACCACUUCCAGGUUGUCUUGGUUGGCAACAGCGACAUAAAACUUACACAGGCUGUCGCCUCGGUGUACUCGUCGGAGACUGGUCUAUGGAGUAAUCUGGUGUGGACACUGCUUCCGGCCGACGAUCCUCAUGUACCCACCAUGGUUUACCAUGACAUGUGCUCUGUGAUGGUUGGGAAUUCCCUUUACUGGUUGCUUUCUGGGAAUUGGUUUGGAAUACUUGAAUUUAAUUUGGAUAGGCAGAGCCUAAGUGUGAUAAAUGUGCCAGUGGAAAUCAUCGAUGUCGGCAGUUGCUUGCUCACGGUUAUGCAGGCUGAGGGUGGUGGCCUUGGUUUCCUCUUCAUUUCGGAGAACUGCAUCCAGUUAUGGAAGAAGAAGAUGGUGUAG